AUGCAGUGGAAUUUCACUUUUUCCGGCUCAAAAUAUAAUCUUUUCCUUGAGCCAGGGAGAUAUUUGCUUGAGUGCUGGGGUGCGCAGGGAGCUGGCAGUGAUGUUAGUCCACUUCCUGAAAUGGGAGCUGGAGGAAGAGGAGGAUAUUCCUUUGGAACAAUCUUCCUCCAAGAAAAAACAAAUAUUUUUGUUUAUGUAGGCGGAACUGGCAAAGUUAUAGAUAGUGGAUUUGCCGAAGGUGGAUUUAAUGGUGGUGGGAGUGCUUGGGGUACCACCACUAGUACAGAUCCUGCAGGAGGCGGUGGAGGUGGAACAGAUAUCCGUCUGAACUCCGAAGACUUGUAUUCCCGAGUUAUUGUAGCGGGAGGAGGUGGAGGAGGAGGCGAAGAUGGUGGACCAGGCGGAUUUGGCGGUGGUUUGGAAGGCGAAACGAACCCAACAAAUUUUGAAUCUUAUCCAGGAACUCAAACUUCCGCAUCCCACGGAGCAACAUUCGGACACGGCGCCCACACUUCCUACAAUGGAGGAGGUGGUGGAGGUGGGUGGUAUGGAGGUGGUGUGAGACUUGGCCAAGAAACCCCUGCCACAUCUGGCACUAUUUAUGAUACAAAAGGGGGUUCAGGUGGUAGCGGUUAUGUUUACACCAAAGAAACUUUUCAUAAUUAUCCUGAAGGAUGUAAACUAAACAAAUUCUAUUUUCUCGAAGAUGCAAAAACAAUAGGAGGAAAUGAAUCUAUCAUCGAACCAAAUGGAACAUCCUCUAUCGGUCACUUUGGUGAUGGAUAUGUUAGAAUCACUCUGUUAGCUUUUAAAUACCAAAACAUAUUUUAUAGAAAUCACAGCGAAUCAACAUUAUCUGUUUUGCUGAAAGAUCAAGAAUGUAAUUCUUCUAUAUACAUACCUUCAUAUAUUGACGAUAAAGCAGUCAUCUCAAUUCUCCCCGGAGCUUUUUAUAGAAACACUUGCUUGAGAGAGGUGAAAAUUCCCAAAACAUUCUUUCAAAUGCUGUGA